ACGUUCCCGGGAAGAAGUGUGCAGACAACGCACCGUUCCCCCUGUCACACGUUGCUAUGUCCUCCUUGUUGUUCGGUGUCCGCUGUGUGGCGGUGCUGGGGCCGCAGUACACCCAGGUGAGGGGGGCAAAGCGAUGGCUCCGGCCUUAUCUCAUGAUGCUGGAGAGGAAGAAGCGGCUGGAGCAGCCUCCAAAGCCGGUGCCUAGGUACCAGCAGCCACACUUUGACUAUCAUGCAGAAAUUGUGGCUUUUUCCAAACGUCUAAAUGAAACCUUCUCCACCGAUCUUCUAAAAACUGCAUUUGUGAACCAAUCCUAUGUGGUAAAAGAAGAGCGUGAACGUCGUGAGCUUGGCUUAGACAAAGAAACAGCAACCUUGAAUCUACAAGACAACAGAGAGCUUGCACAAAAUGGUUUGGACUUCACCGUUUCUUAUCUUUCAAGUGCCUUACAGCAGGCCUUCCCAAAUAUACCUGAUGUUGGAGUGGAAGCUUUAGUUGACUACUUCACCAGCCAGCAGGUUUUGUGUCAUAUAGCUACAAAUCUUGGUUUUGAGGACCUAACAUUGAGUUCUGAAUGUCCUUUGUCUCCGGAGACCCUACAAAGAACCUUCUAUGGAGUCGUUGGAGCCCUGCUGCAAAGCUCCGAUGCUGAUAAAGCCGGGAUAUUUCUCCAGGAUUUCCUCAUUCCUGAACUGAUUGGCAAGGAUCUGUUUGAUCUGUGGUCUGUUAAAGAUCCUAUGUCUUUGUUGGUGCAACAACUGUCACAGCGAAAUAUACCACCUCCUGAACCCAGGCUUACAAGGCAAUCUGGAGCCAGCACUGUGUUGCCUGUGUAUUUUGUGGGUCUCUAUUGCAAUAAACAAUUGAUUGCAGAAGCACCAGGAGAGACGGUUUUUGCUGCAGAAGAGGAGGCAGCACGGGUGGCAUUAAGGAAGAUGUUUGGAUUUGUAGAAAACCAGCGUCCUUGGGAUUACUCUCCAAGCAGACAAGGGACUGGAGAUAACACCGCAUUAAACUCUGUGUGUUAGUUGCAGCUUCACAUGAAGAUGUAUGGCUGAGCACUUAUUAUACAAGAACAGACUUUGUGUAAUGGCCAGAGGAUCAUCACUGUGUUGGCAGCUAUGGAGAUCCAUCUCAUUAAUUGUGCAUACAAUGAGUCUUUAUUGCCACUUACUUUCCACACUGGUCAUGGAUUUCAAUGAUGGCAAAGGAACAUUAAACAGUCAAUCAUGAUUCUUUAAUUCAUCUUG